AUGUCGGAAAAGUCAGGCCAGAGUACAAAAGCAAAGGAUGGAAAAACAAAGUAUGCAACACUCAGUCUGUUUAAUACUUACAAGGGAAAGUCACUGGAAACUCAGAAAACCACAGUUGCCGCACGCCAUGGAUUACAGAGUCUUGGAAAAGUUGCUAUUUCAAGGAGGAUGCCUCCCCCAGCUAACCUCCCCAGUCUCAAAGCAGAGAACAAAGGCAAUGACCCUAACGUGAACAUUGUGCCUAAAGAUGGCACAGGGUGGGCUUCAAAACAAGAACAGCAUGAAGAAGAAAAACAGCCAGAUGUGCCACAGACACAACCAAAACCUGCUGUUCCUGCUCCUCCAGAAGCAGCUCCUGUUGCCAAAUCAUGGGCCAACACCAAACCAGGUGGACAAGAUGGUCCAGCUAUUCCAGUAAAUAGUUAUUUCCAGCAAGAGUUUCCCAGUCUGCCGGCAGCUGGGGAUCAAGAAAAGUCAGGCAAAGACAAAGAUGCACCUGAAGACCUCCAUGGAUCAGGACCCAGCUUGCGACCACAAAAUGCUACUAGUUGGAGAGAAGGUGGCAAUAAGAGCAACUCACCUGGUUCUCCAACUGAUCAGGAAGCUAAGGCUCUUGGACAAGAAGAUGGUAACGCUACACCAGCAGAACAAAAUGAUGGCCAGAAGGCAGCAGAAAAGAGGGAUGUGCGCUUACCACAGAUCCCUCAGCCCAAGCUGAAUGGCCAGCAGCAACCACCUAUCUCCUCUCAGUACAGAGCAAUGAUGCCACCUUAUAUGUUUAAUCAGUAUCCUAGAAUGGCAUAUCCUCCUUCCUUGCAAGGUCCAACAAGAUUUCCCAAUUCUGAGCCUAGCAGAGGGCCAAGGGGAAGAGGACCACCUUCGUGGUGUUCAGAACCUAUUGAGCGCCCAUCCAUUCUUAGUGCUAGUGAACUUAAAGAACUUGAUAAAUUUGAUAAUCUAGAUGCUGAGGCUGAUGAAGGCUGGGCAGGUGCUCAGAGUGAAGUGGAUUACACUGAGCAGCUGAACUUCAGUGAUGAUGAUGAGCAAGGAAGUACUCAGAAAGAGAAGGAAAGUGGUGAUGAACAAACACCAUCAAAAGAUUCCCAGAGUCCUGAUGGCCAGAAGGAAGCAGAAGACCAGACAAGUGCUAAAUCUGCCACCCAGGUUUCCACAGCAGCAACCAAAGGGUCUUAUGGCAAAAGCUCUCAGCUUGAUCAGGAUCGGGGCCCAGCACAGCCUUCUCUACAUGAAAGAGGCGGUCCUGCUCUUCAUCCGAAAUCUAGUCUACCACCGCACCCUCCUCCUCCUGAUCGCCAGGUAGGACCUGGAAGGCAGGGACCCUUUCCCCCUAAACCAGUACCAGAUGAAGAUGAAAUUUGGAAACAGAGGAGAAGACAGCAGUCAGAGAUAUCCGCUGCAGUUGAGCGAGCUCGUAAGCGGCGAGAAGAGGAAGAAAGAAGAAUGGAAGAACAGAGAAAAGCAGCUUGUGCUGAAAAGCUAAAACGGUUAAAUGAGAAAUUUGGCUGUGUGACAAAACCCUCCCGGGAAGACCCUCUGAAAGACAGGGAGAGGGAGAGGGAGCGGGAGAGGGAAAGGGAGAGAGAAAGAGAGCGGGAGAGGGAAAAGGAGAGGGAGCGGGAGCGAGAGCGCGAAAGAGAAAAAGAGAGGGAGAGGGAGAAGGAAAAGGAAAAAGAGAGGGAGAGGGAGAAGGAAAAGGAAAAAGAGAGGGAGAGGGAGAAGGAAAAGGAAAAAGAAGAAAAAGAAAAACUGGAGAAGGCACAAGAACAAGAAAUGGAGAAAGAUAAAGAAAAGGAGAUGGAGAAAGAAGAGAAGGAGAAUGAGAAAGAGAAAGAGGAGGAGAAACCAGCACAUGAGGUUCCUGAGCCUCUAGAACCUGUGACAACACCUGUAGUAGAAAAACAAGAAAGUGAAACCAGGAGUAACAAGGAAGAAAAAGUCUUUACCCGGCAAGAUAGUGGUCGGAAUGAGAAAGAAAUUUCACAGGUGACACAUGAGAGUGAGCCAGAUUCAGGAUCUCAGCCUCGUCCUGCUGUUUCCUCAGGCUAUUCUAAGCAGUUCCAGAAAUCAUUGCCACCAAGAUUUCAGAGGCAGCAGGAGCAAAUGAAACAGCAGCAGUGGCAGCAACAACAAGGUGUCCUUCCACCGUCUGCUCCCUCGCAGCCUUCCAGUGGCCCUGUCCCGCCUCCCCAGCAUAGGCCCCUUUACCAGCCCAUGCAGCCACAUCCUCAGCAUUUAGCUUCAAUGGGCUUUGAUCCACGGUGGCUUAUGAUGCAGUCUUACAUGGACCCACGAAUGAUGUCAGGAAGACCUGCAAUGGAUAUGCCGCCUAUUCACCCAGGAAUUAUGCCUCCCAAACCACUGAUGAGAAGAGACCAGAUAGAGGGGUCAGCAACUAGUUCAGAUUCAUUUGAACAUAUAGCUCGCUCAGCAAGAGAGCACGCUGUUCCUUUGUCGGAGCCCCGCAUGAUGUGGGGGUCCGACCCGUACCCCCAUGCAGAACCUCAGCAAUCUAGUUCUCCUCCCAAAGUGUUAGAAGAGCCUGACGAUUUGAGGUCUGAGGCACACUUGGAGCAAGAACGAGUUGCUGUCCCUGCUGCUGCUUAUCCUGUAGAACACAACCAGUUGGACUCUCAUCCAAAGACAGACUUUUUCAGAGAAUCAGGAGAAGUGGAGGUACAAAAGUUCCCAAGCAGGCCUUUGGAAGAUGUACAACCUCUGCAAACUGACACACCUAAUACGGCAGUUAAUUUUGAAGGAGUAAAUGAGACAGUUACACAUAGCUCUCCAGAAGAAUUGGUGCCUGUGGGGGAAAGUCACUCUUCACUAAAGAGAAGCAUUUCCCAUGGUUCAAGUCACUCUCUGAAAUCAGAAGACCAGAGGAAUGAGACGGCAAUGAAUAUCCCUAAAUUAAAUAACAGGCCUAUUGAGACAAAGGACACAAUUGAGAGACUUGAGAUUAAGCCAAAAAAAGAAAUUUUGAUCAGUAAUAGAACAUCAGAAGGACCAAAACCUGAAAAAACUUUUAAACUGAAGUCUGAAACAAGAUGGGGUCCUAGGCCAGGUUAUGGCAGGAGAGAUGAAGGUGGUGAGAAACCAGUGAGAAGAUCGGGUCCUAUUAAAAAACCUGUGCUUAGAGAUAUGAAGGAAGAGCAGUCUGAGAAAAUUGACAAAAAGGAAGCACCUCAAGUGCCUCUGCCUCAGGCUGAGCCAGAGACAUCCGCCCCCAGCAGCGCUCCUCUGGCUAAGAAGAUAACCCAGGAUGCUGCUCUGACUCCAGCCAGCCAGGAGAGCACACAGCAGCAGCCGCCUGCUCAGCCGGCAGCACAGCAGCAGCCACAUGUUCAGCAGCCAUCUACAGCAGUGAAGGAAGAAAAGCAGACUGAGAAGGUUGUUAGCAAGGAGGCUGUAGAGAAACCACGCUUGGAAACCAGACCAGUCAAAAGAGAGCCUGGCUUACCACCUAGGACAUACUGGAAGGAGGCUAGGGAUAGAGACUGGUUCCCAGAUCAGGGAUACAGGGGCAGGGGCCGUGGGGAGUAUUAUUCCAGAGGUCGUAGCUACAGAGGUUCUUACGGAGGACGUGGUCGGGGCAGUAGGGGCCACAACAGAGAGUACCCACACUACAGAGAUCCUAAGCCUAGAUCAGACCACGUGCCUUCAGGGCCUGUUAGGCAGAGAGAAGAGAGUGAAACUCGUAGUGAGAGUUCCGACUUUGAAGUAAUCCCAAAACGGCGGCGACAGCAUGGGUCGGAGACAGAUUCUGACAGUGAAGUUCACGAAAGUGCAAGUGACACGCUGCUUUCAGACAAAGACAGUCUAAUCAAAGGCAAGCACCCAAAAAGAGAAGAGAGAGCUGAUAGCAAGAAACCUCCAAAGCCCUUGUCAUUCAAACCUGAAAACCAUAUCAGAGUAGACAACAGAUCCCUAGAAAAAACGUAUAUAAGAGAUGACGAGAACAAGCCCAAACCAGGAUUUCUUCCUAAAGGAGAGCCUUCUAGACGUGGCAGAGGUGGAAUAUAUAGACGUGGUGGCAGGGAUCCUGGUGGGCGCCCUCCACGUCCAUCUACAAUAAGGAGACCACCCUACAGAGACAAUCAGUGGAACCCGAGGCAAACAGAGAUCAUUAAACCAGAAGAUGCGGAGCCUCCAAGAAGAAAUGAACAUUACGGUCCUAUACCAGUUGAUAAAAGACCUCCAAAAUUUGAGAGAAAGUUUGAUCCAAACAGAGAGAGGCCACGAAGACAAAGGCCUGCUCGACCUCCAAGGCAAGAUAAGCCACCACGCUUUAGGCGCCUGAAAGAAAGAGAGGCCGCAUCAAAGAUAAGUGAGGCAGUAACCAGCUCAUCGACAAGUGCCACAGUUAGUAAUGCAGUUAGUGAGCCCUCCAACACUGCUAUGGAUGUGUCAGGAAGUAAGACACCAGACUUGUCCAACCAGAAUUCUUCAGACCAGGCAAACGAAGAGUGGGAAACAGCCUCAGAAAGCAGUGACUUCAAUGAGAGGCGGGAGAGGGAUGAGAAGAAAACAGCAGAUGUAGCAGCACAGGCGGCUGCAAAGGUAGGAGAAAACGCUGGAGCCCCAAAAAGGGAAAUAGCCAAGAGAAGUUUUUCUAGUCAACGGCCUGGCAUAGACCGUCAAAACCGACGUGGCAACAAUGGGCCAGCUAAACCAGGGAGGAACUUCACGGGGCCUAGGAGUGAAAGGCGGAGUGGUCCUCCACCCAGAAGUGGAAAAAGAGGGCCAUUUGAAGAGCAGACAGCAACUGUCCCUGGUGUGGAUCCCACCAACAGCAACUCUGUACAUCAGGAGGAUGGAGGUGUUACUGCUGCAGGACAAAAGAACACCAAGGAUGCAAGUGGCAAAAAGAGAGAAGAGCCUAAGGCUGGUCCAAAGAAGCCUAAGGAAAAAGUGGAUGCCUUGUCUCAAUUUGAUCUAAAUAAUUACGCAAGUGUUGUGAUCAUUGAUGAUCACCCUGAAGUGACAGUAGUUGAAGACUCCCAAUCUAACUUGAAUGAUGAUGGUUUCACAGAAGUGGUGUCUAAGAAGCAACAAAAACGCUUGCAAGAUGAAGAGCGCAGAAAGAAGGAAGGACAAACAGUAAAGGUUUGGACCAAAAAAGGAUCAAGUGAAAAAGGCCGAGGUCAGAAUUCCAAGCUCCCACCCAGAUUUGCCAAAAAGCAGCAACAGGCAGCAGCUGCAGCUGCACAGCAGGCACAAACUCAAGCACAAGCUCAGGCACAGCCUCCGUGUACAACACAGACUCCAGGUCAGCCACAGGUUUCUGUUCAGCAGCAAAACCAGACUGCAGGAGGGACAGCCAGCACGGAAUACACAGUGUCAGGCAAAGUUCUGCAAAACACUCAGGCUCACAAUGGUCUAGGAACCGAAUUAUGGGAAAACAAGGUGCCUCCUACAGCAGUUCUGAAUGACAUCUCCAAAAAGUUGGGACCCAUUAGCCCACCUCAACCACCUUCAGUCAGUGCUUGGAACAAGCCUUUGACAUCUUUUGGUUCAGCUUCAUCUCCAGAGGGGACAAAGCCUGGGCAAGAAGGUGGAGUCGAUCUUGGUAUAGAAACUAUUCAGUUUGGAGCCCCAGCUUCCAGCGGCAGUGACAGUGAAGUUGGCCCUGUACUUUCUGAGAAGUCGACUGACAAGCUACCAGAACCGAAAGAGCAAAGACAGAAACAGCCUCGGGCUGGACCCAUCAAAGCACAAAAGCUUCCAGACUUGAGUCCAGUAGAAAACAAAGAGUAUAAACCUGGUCCUAUUGGGAAAGAGCGUUCUUUAAAGAACAGGAAGGUGAAGGAUGGUCAACAGGGAGAGCCCGAGGGACAGGAGAAGCCAUCUCCCACCUCUGUCAGAAGUCCAGAACCUGUCACUACAAAGGAAACCAAAGCAGCAAGUGAACUGAGCACGGAAAUAGGAACGAUGAUAUCUGUCUCUGCUCCAGAGUUUGGAACAAACACAAAGGAGUCUGUAACAGACUACACUACACCUUCUUCUCAUCCUAACACAGUGGCUACUAGCAGUACAAAAAUGGAGGAGACUUUGGUGACGAACGUGCCCCUGCCCCACACCCUUCCCCUCCCUAGGAGGGAGACUCUACAACAGAGCUCCAGCCUAACUCCAGUUUCUCCCGCUACCGUCGACCUCACCCUCAAGAUGGAGUCUGCACGCAAAGCAUGGGAGAAUUCCCCGAACAUGGGGGAGAAGAGUUCUCCAGUGACCUCAGCAGCAUCUCCCAUCGCUGGUGGCAGCGGCAAUAGCAGCAGCAGCAGCAACACUGGGCCAAGCAGUGGUACUUACAGCUCAUUCUCUAGUGCAUCAAUGCCUCCUAUUCCUGUGGCCUCAGUUACACCGACAACUUCGCUGUCAGGAGCUGGAACAUACACAACCUCCUCACUGAGUACGAAGACUGCAAGCACCUCAGACCCUCCUAAUAUAUGUAAAGUGAAACCACAGCAGUUGCAGACAAGCAGCCUAGCUUCUGCCAGUCACUUUUCCCAGCUGAGCUGCAUGCCAUCCCUCAUUGCCCAGCAACAGCAAAGUCCCCAGGUCUAUGUGUCUCAGUCUGCAGCAGCUCAAAUCCCAGCAUUUUAUAUGGAUACGAGUCAUCUGUUCAACACCCAACAUGCACGUUUGGCACCACCUUCUCUGGCCCAGCAGCAAGGCUUUCAACCAGGGCUUUCUCAGCCUGCUUCAGUUCAGCAGAUCCCCAUCCCCAUCUAUGCACCUCUGCAAGGACAGCAUCAAGCUCAGCUGGGUCUAGGAGCAGCACCAGCUGUUUCACAAGCACAGGAGUUGUUCAACUCCUCCUUACAACCUUAUAGAUCCCAGCAAGCUUUUAUGCAAAGUGGUUUGUCUCAGCCAUCACCAGUAGUUCUCUCUGGUACAGCCUUACACAACUUCCCAGCAGUGCAACACCAGGAGCUUGCGAAGGCACAGUCAAGCCUGGCAUUUCAACAGACUUCGAACACGCAACCUAUUCCUAUCUUAUACGAACAUCAGCUUAGUCAAGCUUCAGGACUGGGAGGCUCUCAGCUGAUUGAUACACACAUUCUCCAGGCCAGAGCUACACUCACCCAGGCUUCAAAUCUGUACUCUGGGCAAGUUCAACAGCCUGGCCAGAGCAAUUUCUACAACACUGCACAGUCUCCCAGUGCUCUCCAGCAGGUGACAGUACCUUUGCCAGGAUCGCAAAUUUCUUUGCCCAACUUUGGAUCCACAGCACAGCCACUAAUCGCCCUACCCCAAUCUUUACAACCACCACUACAGCACACACCACCACAAGCGCAGGCUCAAAACUUAAGCAGACCUGCACAAGUAACCCAACCUUUCAGAGGACUGAUCCCAGCAGGAACUCAACACAGCAUGAUUGCUGCAACAGGAAAGAUAUCGGAAAUGGACCUGAAGGCCUUUGGAGGUGGCAUUGAUGUUAAACCUGGAACACCGCCAGUUACUGGUAGAAGUACUACUCCAACCUCCAGUCCCUUCCGGGCCAGUUCUACAAGUCCCAACAAUCAGUCCAAUAAAAUGAACAGCAUUGUCUACCAGAAGCAGUUUCAGUCAGCAGCUGCCACGGUGAGAAUGACACAACCGUUUCCUGCACAGUUCGCACCACAGAUCCUCUCUCAGCCUAACCUGCUCCCUCCAUUGGUAAGAGCCCCAUAUGCUAACACCUUCCCAGCGCCUGUUCAGAGGCUGCCAGUAGUACUGCAUAGUCAGAUGCCAUCUCAGAUGACCACAGGCCUUAUGAGCCACCCUCAUUUACCACGUGUGGCCAGAGGUCUUUGUGGAUCAGUAUCUGGAGCCAGAGGCAAUCAGGCCCAGGCUGCGAUGAAGGCUGAACGAGACACGCAGGCAAAGCAGAGAGCAGAGGUACUUCAGUCCACCCAGAGAUUCUUUUCUGAGCAGCAGCAGCAGAGCAAACCCGUAGGAGGCAAAGCGCAGAAAGUGGAUGAGAACGGGAGCAAACCCGCUGAGGCGAUUGCUGACUCCUCAGGAGUCUGCCAGGACAAAACCGAGGAAAAGCCGACCCCUGCGCCUGCGACGGCAACGAAACCCGUUAGAACUGGACCAAUCAAACCUCAGGCAAUCAAAACUGAAGAAACAAAAUCUUAA